AUGAACUAUAACCAUGCUUUGGAGGCUCAAAGAAGUAAUAGUGCAAAGCUUGAAUACUAUGAUUCAACAAAAGUGCCUAUUUUGCGAACAGAAUUGGAAAUCGAGAAACAUGCAUCAACAAUAUAUAGUGGCAGUGCUUUUAAUGCAAUUCAAGAGGAGAUAGUUUAUGCAUGUUUCUCUUUGUCUUGUGCAACUCUAGGAGUGUCUACCAAUAGAGAGAAUGAAGUAUAUAACAUAAAUGACAAGGAUUCAAACUCAUGGACAGUGACUUACUCCAUUGGUGAUGACACCUAUUUGUGUGGAUGUAAAAAGUUUGAGAGACUUGGUCUAUCGUGCAGCCAUAUAUUUUGUGUGUUGAAAUAUAAGUUUGUUAAGUUGAUACCCGAGAAGUUGCGUGGAUGGAGAUGGUUGAAGUCACAGUUUGUGAAGCCAAUACAUGGAGGUUUUUGUGAUGAUCAUGAAGUAUUCUCUGUUGUAGACGAGAAGAAGAUUGCAUUUAAAAACAUGUAUGCAUUAUUCUUUGAAAUAGUAGAAAGUAUUGAAGGGAACAUUGACCAAAUCAAUGCAUUUACUACAAUUAUUGAAGAAGGUAAGAAGCAGCUUCUUGGAGAAGGUGUUGUUCUGUCUUCAAUAGAGAAGAGAGCAUUGAUUGAAAACUUCUAUGGCUCACAAGUACCAAACUUUAUUGAAGUUCAUCCUCCUAAUGUUGUCAGUACAAAGGGAAGUGGAAGUAGGAGGAAAUCAAAGAAGGAGGCAGCAAUCAAGUUAGCAAAGAAACCAGGCCGAAAGUGUGGAAACUGUCAUGUGAUAGGACACCAUGAUUCGAGGAACUGCAAAAAGGUGAAUGAGAAGACAAAACAGAGGCAGUGA